CAAACCGCUCAAACACAGCUUAGUGGCUGGGAAACGUUCAAUUUUUUGGUACUGGUGCCUGCCGCGCCUUUCGUCACAGCUCCACGAAGACUGGUACUGGUGCCUGCCGCGCGCCACUCAUCACCGCUUCCAAGAGCAGCCAUGAUCAACGCCCGCGACGUGAGCAGCGCCUGGAAGGGCGUCCCCUGGCCGCGGGUCUUCGCGCAGGAGAUUGUUGCGGACAGGUUGUUCCUGCGGAGCGCGCUGAUUAGGAAAGAUCUGCUGCCGAGGUACGCGCCGCGCAUGCCGCUCACUUGGACGAUAGCCGGCGAGGCGGAUUGCCGACGGGCGGAGCGGCGCGAGGGGCCGCUGAACGAGGACGGCGUCUUCUACGAGGAGGGCUGGUGCCUGAAGCCGGCGGACUCUUCUAAUGCUUUCGGCAUUCGGUUCUGUGCGGACGAUGAUCUCGAAAAGACGUAUAACGAGGCGAGAGCCGGCGACGAGCGGUCGCUCUGGGUCGCGCAGCGGGCCAUUCCCUCGCUGCCUCUGAUGCAAGGGAACAAGUUCCACCUGCGAUUAUUAGCGUUGGUCGUGGGCGACCUCGAGUGUUUUGUUUUUGAUGAUGCUCGAGUGUUGGUCUCGCCGGUACCGAUGAGCGAUGACAACGACCAUGCGCGCAUUACCAACAGAAGCUUCAACGUGGACCACGCGGCCUACGACGCGGCCAAGCACAACCAGUCCCUCCGGGUUUGUGGUGAGCUUGACGGUGCCGCAUUACUCAAGCAAGCUAGAACGCUGAUCGCCGGCGUCGCUAAAAGAUUGGCUAAAGCAGACGCGUUGCGACGCGGUGUGAAUGGAGCGCCGCCGCCACCGUCAACAACCGGCGAGAAGCGCCACUUCUUCGCGCUGCCGAACGCCUGGGAGCUGUUCGGCGUCGACGCGAUGGUCACGCCAGAUAACCAACUGGUCCUUUUGGAGUUCAACCCGGAACCCUCCAUGGGCAUGUGGGGCCUCACCAAGAAAGAGAUUUUAAAGGGCAAGUGCCCGGUCACGGACGGCGUCCCGCGCUCCUCUUCGGAGUGUGUGGGCUUCACGAAGGUCUACUCGAAGCGGUUCGAGGCCGCGCUCGCCGCGGCG